UUUACCUCCUUUGGUCGUGACGUAAAAACUCGAGCUUUUAGCAAACAAAACAAAAGUGUUUCAUCAAACUUUUCGUCAAACUUUCUGCAACUUUAUCUACCGUGUCAUUUACCUCCUUCGGUCGUGACGUAAAAACUCGAGCUUUUAGCAAACAAAACAAAGGUGUUUCAUCAAACUUCUCGUCAAACUUUCGGUAACUUUAGCUAACGUGCCAUUUACUUACAUACAUUGAUCGCGAGGUAAAAACUUGUGUUUUUAGCAGAAAGAAUUUGUCCCAUCAAACUUUUCGUCGAACUUUCUUUCAUGAACGCAAUAUCAUUUAACGGUUGAAUACUCGUUUCCGAAAAAUCAUCGUUCGUAAUUGUAAAUUUUCCCGGCGGUCUAACCUACAUCAACGCCGAAACGCUCAAUCGUAGCGAUGAAAUCAGAUUCUCGGAAAUCAGGCACGUGACAGUUUUUUUCACACCUAUCCGCGGCGUGGAGCCGAGUGCGAGCGCGAAAGGUUACGAAUUACGAUGACAAAGUUUUAAGGAGGAAUCCCGGCGUGUGGAAUACCGUAUUCAAAGUCGCGCGAUUAUGCAUCAUUAUGCAUAAUCUACGGAUGAAAAGUCGGGACCACGCGCGCGUAAGUUGCGGCACCGGUCUGAGGAGUCGCUCAGUGCAGCGCGCGACUUUGACCGCUGAGGACAAACGGUGGCAGAGUUCGUGCGGGCAUUAGCAAAUCGUCACAGCCAUUUGAAAUUAUAAUCCGAACAGUGCCGAAUUAUCGUUGUGAAUCGCGCGUGAUAGCGUAAAUUCGCGCGGUUGACACAGCCGCAGUCUGAUUUCGAGUCUGAUUCUGCGCCCGCAAUCGCACGCCUCGUGACCAGCCCGCGGAAAAAUCGUGUUUCAUCCAUCGAAACUCUCGGUUUUUUCGAAUUGGAAGCGUUCCAUCAACAGGGCAAAAUAAUUUUCGCGAAGUGUUGCUCGUUUUAAUGAUGGAAUCAUGAAUCGCAAUGAAAUUCAGGUGAAUUUGUUGCGAAGGUCGCGGUCAAGUGGGCCUUUAGUUGGAGUGUGUUCGCGACGGGAGAUCAGUGUGGACAGAUUUCCAUAAUCACCGGAAUUUGUUCUUUCCCUCGAACCGAGAGCAUCUUCGCGAAUGACAUUUCCGUCGAUGCGACGUUCCCCUCCUUGUGUGACUCGCCGAGAAAUGUCUGCAUUCCUCGAAUCUGCGAGUUAAAAAAUUAUCGGAUUACCGAGUGAAGAAAGUGCUUCUCAUGGGGGAAAAUUGCUGAUCGUUUUUAAAGGAACUGUGUUUCGCGGCGAGAAAUGUGAGUGCAGUCACCGGGAUCCCGUGGUGUUGUGUUGCGUGCAUGAAUCAGGACAGUGACAUGCAGCUAACCUGCCGCUUUGAAUGCAUGAAGCCACGCUCUUUUCACUCGUCGAUUUCGAAAGUUAAUUGUUUCUAAUUGGUUCCACGGCUGGGACCAGAGCUUCAUGCCGUCGGGUCUGUGAUAAAAUUGGAAGUUGGAUAACGUCGAUACAAAACCUCUUCUUCAGUUUUUCCUCGAGUGUGUUUCUGUCUAUACCUCGACUUAAAAAUUCAAAACCAUCCUCGGAGUUGAUUUAAUUUUUAACUCUGGUCAGAGUGCGAAUCUAGUGCGUGACUCACAGUCAGGAUUCACGAAUUGCUUUUUUCAGUCCAAAAUUUUCUAAAUUCAUCCAUUUUAGAAUCCAUAAAACCAUGCCUUAAUCUGGAAACCCCCAGUGAAAAAACCUUAAAAAAUUAAAAGUGAUUCUUUUCGCCCAAGGAGUCGCCUCCACUCGGUAUUUCAAUCGGAGUAUUUAAAAUAGCAAUACAAAGUGCGUGCAGCAACGAAACUAAGUUCUAGCCACUGAAUUUGAUUUGAUGUCUUCACUGGCAAUCGAUCAAACUUUUCCAGCGAGAGAGUGAAAGUGACGUAAGAACAGAAGUUUAAGAUGGCCGACACGUCGUACCUUUUUGGAGACGACGAGAUCGACGGCUGGGGACAGAGGUACUUCUUCACAUUCUUCAGCGAAUUCGGGGAUCGCGGGAAUGUGCCGUACGUCGAGGCUGCCGUUCUCGUGGCUACGCUCGUUAUUUCUGUGAUAUCCAAUUUGUUCAUCAUAAUCGCCGUCUUGCGGUACCGGCAGCUGCUGAAACUUCCCAAUUACUUCGUCGUCAAUUUAGCAGCCGCGGAUCUUGUUUUCGCCCUGGGGAUCCCUAUUAUUGCAUAUGCGAGGGUUACGCAGGAAUGGCUGCUGGGUCCCUGGGUCUGCCGAAUCCUGCCCUACACUCAGUUUGUUUGCGGGUUCGUGCUGCUAUGGACUCUGACCCUGAUCAGCAUCGACCGACACAGGUGUCUCUGCGUGCCGCCGUACCGAUCGCCGUUGAACGCGGAACGAGCCGGACUCUGUUGCCUAGCGACAUGGAUCAUCGCGGCGAUCCUCUUCAUCCCGGUGCCCGUCUGGUUCCGGGAGCAGGAGGUCUACUCCGGCCAGAGGAUCUGCACCAUGGUCUUCCCGCGCUCGCCCUCCAUCAACAUCUCGCUGGCCUUCACCUUGCCCACGGUCCUCCUGGCGGCUGUCCUUCCCAUGGCCACCCUCGUCCACCACUACUACAGCAUCUUCAAGAAGAUCCGCUCCCUGCGGACCCGCUGGCUCUCGUCCAUGUCGAAACUCCCCUCCCCGAACGAGGAGCAGCGCCUGAGCCGUCACGUCAGGGUCGUCCGCCUCUUGGUCCUCAACGUUCUCCUGGUCUUGUCCAUGUGGACCCCGAUCACUCUGGUCGUGGGUCUCAUCUACAUGGACGGACGUCGCGAAAACGCGGACACUCACUUCUUCCUCAGAUCUCAUCACUUCAUCUGGGCCCUCCAGAUCGCCCUCCUCUCCACGAUCGUCAAUCCGAUACUGUACGGUCUCCUGUCGGAUCACUUUAGGACUUGCCUGAAGAAGAUUCAUUCCCUCUCCAAGCGGAAGAAGGCCCUAAGUAGGGACUUUCUGAACACAGAUGGUACGCUAUCUCGAAGUCCUAAGCCAGCGCUUAGUACUGAAAGGGAUGGGCACCCUCGCACUCGGGCAGAUUCUUUGGCUUCUCACCAAAUUCUCGCCGUGUGAAUACCUUUUUUUCUGAGCCGACUGAUUUUAAUGCAGAAAAAAGUUCAGUGUCUUAACUGCGGGCUGAUUGUUGGAAUGGAUAGACAAAGCUAUAGACAAAGAAGACGAAACGGAUAUGGAAGGAUUCUAUCGGUAUGGAGGCGGGCGCUUACAAUCGACAAAGGAAGUAGAUAAUAGACUAACUACCGGCAACCUACGAGAGACCCUAUAGUUGGUUCAUCAUCUUCUUCCUUAGUAUAUAGAAACCAACCACUUCAGUCAAUAGGAUCGUCCCAUACUCUUCAUUUCUCCUUUGUCUAUCGAUUUCAACAAUCAGCCCGCUAGUUGCUGCUUAAGAAAACGCCAGUGCCAUGUGGUAGCCGUCGGUUUACGCUUUAUAAUGUCGUAGCUAGAGGGCACGUCUACCACGACGGAUAUUGUAGCAACUUCAGGUAGUUUUUUAAUCUACUAUAGUGUGGUUUUAUCCACAUUUUGAAGAGAAAGAACACAUAGGGUAGUGUUUCUUGUCGUUUUUAAAUGGCUUCUUUCCAUAAGAGGCCUCCGGUCCCUUUUUCGGCUUACCUUACGAUUAAGAGAGGUUUUGGUAAGCCCUCAAAAUAGCACCAUAAAAAGGAUAAUUUUAGCGAAUACCUUGAAUAGAUUCCAGCAAUACCUUUAACUUUGUAAAUUGAUCCUUGCAAGGGAGCACAAUCAUUUGCCGCUACUGGAAGUUAAAAAUUUGGAGGAAAAUAUAUAGCGAGGUUUGUAAAUUUUAAAGUAAGUCUGCGUCAAAAGUUUGUCAAAACCAUAGAUUUGCUCCUCAAUAUUUUUAACUUUUUGUAGGAGCAACUGAUUUUAAUCCUUUUAAUUGAAAGAUCUUUUUUCAAAAUUAUCGCUGAAUUUUAUUCAAGUAUUGCAAAAUUGUCUUUUUUAUGAUGCUAUUUGUAUGAAUUCCUGAAACCUUCCUUAGUCACGGUGUCAACCAAAUAGAGAAUCCUAAGGGAAGGAGUUUUUUAUCGAACGACUAUGAAAAUCACCCUUAUUUGGUUAUUCUGGAAAGUGUAACACAACGCAGCACACGCCUUCGGUUGAGUCUGGGAUUCUCGAUGUUUUUUUAAAAAAAUAUUCUUUCUACCAGAAUCAACACAAACUUUGAGUUGCUCAGUGUUUCACCUUAAAUAUUUACCAACAUGAAUUUACACACAACAGUAUUUUUCUCCGUGCAAUGCAAUAGCCGUGAUGUUUCCUGUGAAUAAUAUUACUAUAAAUUGACGCUAGAGCCUGCAACUGUUAUCAGUAAUUUUAAUCAGUAGCUAAGAAAUACAAUGAUAAACCGGCACCCGAGGGGCGUGCGGAAGACGCCUUUUUUCUCGCCAAAACUCGAUUACCUCCAUAGGCCUAUUCAAUACUACCUCUUCGCGAUUAAUUUUACGAUUUGUUAAGGGAUUUUAGUGUCUUUUGAAACUUGUCAUUAUUUGUGUAGUUACCAAACCAAAAAGAAUGUCUAUUGUAUAUCAAUAAAUUCUAGAGUGCGGCGGGGAAGUAGAAUCAGAAUCUCCAUUUCGUCCCCAUUUCAGUUGUUUCUUUUAUGUCGUUUGAAAUAGCAGCAAAACAAGCGAGUAAUUUUUUUUUGACGAUCAAUUCCAUAGCACACUCAAUAAAGCAAAUUAUGCAUCUCUGAAAUCUUGAAAAAACCUAGAGUUAAAUCAAUGCCGCAAAACAUGCGAUUGUGAAAUAGCGAGCUACACGGAUUCUUAAAGUAAGCCUUUGUGUAUGUGUACAAAAAUUACGUAGCCGUGGCAAAAGAUCCUAAAGAAUUUGUAGGGUUCGAAAGUUCUUAAUUACAAUUUACGCUGUAAGGAAUGGGGAACAGCAGAAUUUUUUCCUGAUAUUUUAGAGGAACAAAAUAUUAUACUCAGCAUGGACCUUUGGUUCUAAACUACGUUUAUCAAAGGAUCUACGAAGCUACGGGCAGUACCUAGCAGUGAUCUGUGCUGUCUCCUGUUAUGUCAUUCUUGAAACCUUUCAAAUGUUAUUCGUCUGAGUUGUUUGCGUCGUUCCGAGGAUUAAGUAACGUUUUCUGCUUUGGCUUCUCGCACUUUUUCUACAUAUGUUAACACUGAUGUUAAAAACGCACAAUUUAGUAUUAAAAAAUCAAAUUUAAAAGCCUGUUGAAAAAAGAAAGGAAAAAAGUUUCACACCCUUAACACUGUAUAACAUAUGUAAUUAACUUCGAAACCAACGAGUGCGCAUUGAAAGUAUACUGCUUAAUUUACUAAGUGAUCCUAUGGCAGUAAAGCAGAAUAGCAUUCUCAUAAUCAGGUUCUUUAAACUGUGACUAAAAGAUUUUUCUUCUGAUGGAUUUUUGGGAUGGUAAACCGCAUCUAAAUUAAGGACCCAAACUCUUUCACUUGCUAAUCAUCAUUUAUCAUUUUUUCCACACAUAUCAACUCAAAUCGUGUCCAAAAUACUCGUUAUAAAUCAUAUUUUUUUAAAUUUUCUUUAAUAACCAAUUCGCUUUCAGUAGAAAUUCAGAGGAGCAAGAAGUACAAAAAUGCCAUUCAAUUCGAGGUUAAAACCUUAAAAUUGCAAGUUACGCAAGCUACCAGUGCCUAAUCCAGGAUUCUUUCAAGACAGGCGAUGUGAAUGAAAGAGAAAAAAUUACGCGAAAAUAGUUAAAAAGUAUACAUGUGAUUUGGUCGGAAAUUCUUCACGGCAGUUUUGGUUUCUAGAUUUAUUAACCAAUUUUCAUUGUGAUUUUUUUGAGAAUCCAUUCGAUCAUGCAAUACCUAGUCAUGUAUUAUUAUUUCCUAGAACAUUGUUAGUCAUAAGUUUUUACACGUUUGAUCUGGUAUUAUAUUUGUGAUAAGCCUUGCCAUUUAAAUAACCAAAUCCAAUAUAAAAUUGCUUUAAAAAAAUCCACGUUUUUGAUCUGUUAGAAAAUGAUGAAUAAUUAGGUAAUAGUCGAAUUUUUUGGCGCACACAAUGAUUAUGGCAUCUUUCUUGUAAAUGCAUUCCUUCCUCUUUUGAAAACGAGAUAAAAGGAACUUUGGUAUUUAACAGGGGAAAAGGAACCUGAUAAAAAAUGAAAUAUGGUCAAUCCAGGUACAAUAUUUACUUACUUAUCUUAUGAACUUAUCUGUUACCAGCAUCUUGCCUUCAGCCACCGAUUACUCUCAGCUCUCUCCAGCCUGGAGGGAAAAAGUGAAGUUACCAUUUCACAAAAUUUCCUAAACGUCCCGCCUGUAGAUUUACGAACUCAUUUAUAUGUUUUAAAACGUAAAUUAUUGAUAUUUUUUGUUAUGUUAGUUUUGUUGUAAAAAAAAAUCACUUUUUCUUAUAACUUUGUAUAAAUGAAAUGUAAGUUUUCCCUCACUAAUGUAUAAUUGUAAAUAAUUAAAAAAUGUAAAUAUUUUGCGCCUUAUUGUUUUUAUACAAAUAAAAGUGAAGCUAUUGUAAA